AUGGCGCGAUAUCGACCUGCUCCCCAAACCACGCCACGAGACAAUGCGCAAUCUAAUCAACGCAACGAUUCGUGGCGUCCGGAGCAUGGUCGUUAUCGGACAGACCGUGGCAAUAUACCUUCUCAUGCUCGACGCAGCCGAGGGUUGUCUCCGGUGAGGUCGGCGGUUACCAAAACCAAACAUGAACGCGAAACCAAUCCCUCCACCCGCAUACAUUCUUUGCGCAAUCUCUUGGGACGAGAAUCGUUACCCAUGACUGUGCGACAAGAGAAGGAACGCGAACUGGCUGCGCUGCUCCUUGACCAGCAAAAGGCUCAACUAGCAAAGGCAAGCAAAAAGAACCUGCAGCGAUAUCAUUUUGUCCGCUUCGUCGAGCGUCAGAAGGCCGAACGAACACUCAAGCAACUUAUCAAGCUCAAAGAAUCAAGUAAUUGUGCAAGUGACGAAGAGCAUAUGAAGAAGUUGGAUAAGUCAAUCCACGAGGCUGAGGUGGAUCUGAACUACACCAAGUACGCUCCGCUGGGAGAAAAGUACAUCAGCCUAUUUGUGAUGGAGGAAAAUGACAAGCAAAAGCGCAAGUCCCAGAUGAAGAAGAAGUCGUAUGCUAUCUUGACCGAUACUCAGAGAGAGGAGUUGCAGCAGAUUGAAGACGACCUGGCGAACGUUGUCCGGACCGCAAUAGGGACGAAGCCACCAAUGUGGUACGAAGUUGAGAAGUGCAUGAAUGAAGGCCAGGAGAAAUUGGAUGCGCUUCGAGAAGGAAGACUCACUGUAGGAAAUAAAUUGGUCAAGGAGCUUGCUGCUGUUGGUGGAAAGGAUGAUGCCGCCUUGCGAAGUUCGACCGCCCAGCCCGUUGAAUCGAGGCCAUCUUGGCUUGACGAUGAUGGUGUUAUCGAUCCGGCGGAUUUGGAUAGCGAUGAUGACGAGGACAUGAGUGACGGCGGCUUUUUUGAACGGUGA